AACAGCUGUUGUGAAUCUGGCACAGAACAUAAGUUUUGAUCAAAAGUUAUUGUUAUUAAAAUUUAAAGUUUUAAAUUACAUCAAUUAAUAUACUUACUCUCAAAAAUAGCGUCACCUUAGAACAUUCACUGUUUUCUCGGCCAUGGUAAGGCAAUAUCCCAUCGCCGGCUGCUCUCAAACUGUAAUGUAUUCGCUUGACUUCCAGCUGGAACUCAAUGACUUCACAACUGUAAGCCCCGAUGAUUUGACCGCCGCUUUGGGUUUUCAAAUAUACAACGAUUUAAAAAAUGGUAAUUCAAGCAUAUUUAAUUCUCAAUUUAAUAUUUAUUAUUAUGCAUUAGAGGAAGAAAGCGCCGAAUUCCAACCCAACUAUGAUCCAAAUCUGAAAGUGUUUUAUUUGAUGAAAAAUGAUGAUGUUUAUAUUCCUGUGCUGCACACAAAGGCAAUCGACUUUAGAAUUGUAAAAUCUUUACACAAAAAGCUUAAAAAACGGUGCGUAUUAAAUGUUAUGAAAAUAAUAUUUAUGUUUUUAACCACUUUAUUCCCUAUCAGCAACAUAUUUUUAGCCGUUGUGGACAAUACCGCCAAUAUUUUGUAUUACCAAAUGAGCGAAGGUCUCAGCGAAAACCAGUCGACAAAAACAGCAGUUAAAUAAUAGCGAUAGAUACAUUUAUUUAAAAUCAUAUCAUAAAUAUAAAUUACAGUCGCAACUUGAAACUAAACAAUGUGAUUGGAUGUGCACCAAUCCGACUUUACAGAUUUAAAAUUAAAUCGAUGAUUAUAGCCGCAAGUUGUGAGCAUAAUCAUAAUAAAAAUGACAAUAGAAGAUCUGCAUUGUUUAUACUCGUUUCGAUUCGCAUGAGGUGUGCAAAAUCGUUAUCAUAAUUGUAAUUAUCAAUAAUUAUCUUCACAUAAUGAUAGCUUAGACUACGUUUCAAUAAUCGAUUAUUACAAGCUUAAAUCGAACUAAAAGUUACAUUAAAUACAACAUAGAUCUUAGAAGUACAACAAUCCGAUUGCAUGCCAUCCAUCAACGGAAUUUCCAAAUUCUAUCCCGUCGAGCGGUUAUUUGUUUUCUGAUCCUCAUAUCUGGUUUAAAGCACACCGCGCAUGCAAAACAAAUUGUUUACAAUCAUCGAUCUAGCGUCGAAUAAAAAUGCUCAAAGCAAUACAGUUUUCUUGUAUAAUAGUUAUAAUAAUAAUAAAUAACAAAUGUUUGCGUGUGUAUAUGACGU